CCAUUCCAGGAAUGUGCUACUCUGUGGGCGGGACAGGGGGCAGGGACCUGAGGGAAAGAGUCGGGGGAGGCCUCAGAGCGACCCACGCACGUAGCCAGAUGGAUGGGGGUCUCGGGAGCUAUAAGUGGCCAGGCCAGGGCCGUUGCCCGCGUCUCCAGCCAUGGUGCUCGUAUGGCUGCUGCUGCUGCUGACCCUGCUAGCAGGUGCACGCCUGCUGUGGGGCCAGUGGAAGCUCAGGAACCUCCACCUCCCACCUCUGGUGCCCGGCUUCCUGCACCUGCUGCAGCCCAACCUCCCCAUCUAUCUGCUCGGCCUGACGCAGAGACUCGGGCCUAUCUACAGGCUCCGUCUGGGGCUGCAAGAUGUGGUGGUGCUGAACUCCAAGCGGACCAUUGAGGAGGCCUUGGUCAGGAAGUGGGUGGACUUUGCCGGCAGACCCCAGAUACCAUCCUGUAAGGGGUGGGGCUCUUUCCUGAAGGAAGGGGCAGGGGCUGCAGGAGGCGGGGAAGGUCAGGUCCGUGACUUCCUUGGUCAGUUCGACCCCCGCCCCCAACCCCUACUCACAGACAAGCUGGCGUCUCAGCACUGCCCCGACAUCUCGCUAGGGGACUACUCCCUGUUCUGGAAGGCUCACAAGAAACUCACCCGCUCAGCCCUGCUGCUGGGCGUCCGCAGCUCCAUGGAGCCCCGGGUGGAGCAGCUGACCCAGGAGUUCUGUGAGCGCAUGAGAGCCCAGGCGGGGACCCCCGUGACCAUCCAGAAGGAAUUCUCUGUCCUCACCUGCAGCAUCAUCUGUUGCCUCACCUUUGGAGACAAGGAGGACACCUUAGUGCAUGCCCUUCACGACUGUGUCCAGGACCUGAUGAAAACUUGGGAGCACUGGUCCAUCCAAAUUUUGGACAUGGUUCCCUUUCUCAGGGUGAGGAGGUGGAGCCCUGGCCCACAGGGUCCUGAGAGAGAGGGUGGCGGUGGAGAGCAGGGUUCCUUCCCAGCAGCGACACGCUCUUGCUCUCUGCCCCAGUUCUUCCCCAGCCCUGGCCUCCGGAGGCUGAAGCAGGCCAUAGAGAACAGGGACCACCUCGUGGAGAAGCAGCUGAGGCGGCACAAGGAGAGCAUGGUGGCCGGCCAGUGGAGGGACAUGCUGGACUACAUGCUUCAGGAGGCGGGGAGGCAAAGAGUGGAAGAGGGGCAGGGACAGCUCCUGGAAGGGCACGUGCACAUGUCGGUGGUGGACCUUUUCAUUGGUGGCACUGAGACCACGGCGAACACCCUUUCCUGGGCUGUGGUGUACCUGCUUCACCACCCUGAGAUUCAGUGGCGGCUGCAGGAGGAGUUAGAUCGCGAGCUGGGCCCUGGAGCUGCGGGCUCCCGAGUCCCAUACAAGGACCGUGCCCGGCUGCCUUUGCUCAACGCCACCAUUGCUGAGGUGCUGCGUCUGCGGCCCGUGGUUCCCCUGGCCUUGCCACACCGAGCCACUCGGCCUAGCAGCAUCUUCGGCUACGACAUCCCCGAGGGCACCGUUGUCAUCCCCAACCUCCAAGGUGCCCACCUGGACGAGACGGUCUGGGAGCAGCCGCACGAGUUCCGGCCAGGUGUGUGGUGGGGCGGGUGCCCUUGGCACGGGGGCAGCAGAGGCCAAGCGCCUGUGGCCGCUGAACCUGGGUCUGUCCUUUGGUCCCCAGACCGCUUCCUGGCCCCUGGCGCGAACCCCAGUGCGCUGGCCUUUGGCUGCGGGGCGCGAGUGUGCCUGGGGGAGCCGCUGGCGCGCCUCGAGCUCUUCGUGGUGCUGGUGCAACUGCUCCAGGCCUUCACGCUGCUGCCGCCCGAGGGCGCCCUGCCUUCGCUGCAGCCCCAUCCGCACAGUGGCAUCAACCUCAAGGUACAGCCUUUCCAGGUGCGGCUGCAGCCCCGGGGGGGGAGGGGCGAAGGCCCAGGGCCCAGGUGAGCACCUGUGACCAGUGACCCUGCAGGACGCACCCCAGUCACGUGCUUCAGUUCCUCCUUUUAUUGCUCCCGUACGAACCCCUUCCCUCCCCCCUGUAAACAUGGUGCUGUGAGAUCGCGGGUGGAGAAGGCUUCCGCUGGCAGCUGGAUGGUGAAGGUGGCCCCUGGCUCUUCUCUCAGCGCAACCCCUCAGUGCUCGGCAGUCAUGGUGGGCGCUGGAGCGGGGAGCGGCCGCUCAGCCUCCCCUGCCCGGGGGCUGGAAGCUCCUUGGUCUCAGCUUCAUUUCCGUGAAGGGCACGGAGAACUCAAAGCCCUUCCAGUAGUACCAGCUCACUCCCUGGGAAGGGGUUUGUUGAGCGAGUCAGAGCUGGACGUCCCAUCGGCGCCCACUUCUGCCCCACGCUGGGGGGACGGCUCCCAGACAUCUAUCCGCCUCCCUCCCUCUCUCCUUCAUAACCAUCAACUGCGAAGGACUGAGGCCGAGUCCCGAGCUGUCCCUUGACAUCCAAUAAACCACCUCCUCGAGAUAA